AUGGGAGAGUACUUCUUCAACAUCAAUCACGGCUAUUUGGAAGGUUUGGUUCGAGGAUUUAAGGAAGGUAUUCUUACUCAAACUGACUAUGCCAAUCUCGUCCAGUGUGAAACUCUCGAAGAUCUAAAGCUUCACAUUCAAUCAACGGAUUAUGGAAAUUUUUUGGCCAACGAACCUACUUCAAUAACUGUACAAGUCAUUGAUGAACGCUUAAAAGAAAAACUGGUCACAGAAUUUACACAUUUUCGAAAUAAUGCCCUCGAACCACUGUCUACUUUCUUGGAUUAUAUAACAUACUCUUAUAUGAUUGAUAACAUCAUUUUGCUGAUAACGGGGACUCUACAUCAACGUCCAAUAAAUGAGCUUAUUUCCAAGUGUCAUCCUCUUGGCUCAUUUGAGCAGAUGGAAGCUAUUCAUAUUGCUUCAACACCAGCAGAACUUUAUAAUGCUGUACUUGUCGAUACUCCUUUAGCACCGUAUUUCGUUGACUGCAUCAAUGAACAAGAUCUGGAUGAAAUGAAUGUCGAAAUAAUUCGUAAUACUCUGUACCGCGCUUACCUGGAAGACUUCUACAAGUUUUGUAAAAACUUAGGCGGAAAGACAGCUGAAGUUAUGAGUGAAAUUCUUGCGUUUGAAGCCGAUCGACGUGCUAUUAUAAUAACAAUAAAUAGUUUUGAUACUGAACUGUCUAAAGAUGAUCGGGCCAAGCUCUAUCCACGAUGUGGAAAACUUCAUCCUGAAGGCCUAGCUGGAUUAUCAAAAGCGGAUGAUUAUGAGCAAGUUAAACAAGUAUGCGAGUACUAUUCAGAUUAUCGUGCUCUGUUUGAAGGAUCUGGUUUACAACCAGGCGAGAAAGCUCUCGAAGACAGGUUCUUAGAAUAUGAAGUCAAGCUGAACGUCUUAUCAUUUCUGCACCAGUUCCAUUUUGGUAUAUUUUAUGCAUUCAUCAAGCUGAAAGAACAAGAAAUAAGAAAUAUUAUUUGGAUCGCUGAAUGUAUAUCACAAAGGCAUCGUGCUAAGAUUGAUAACUACAUUCCAAUCUUGUAA